CAUUAUCAGCAGGAAACCGACGAGGUAAGAUAGCAACGAUGAAUACUUUUCGUUCCGAGUAUCGGUGUGAUCGCGUGGCGCUUUUGCGGUUCGGCGAUUAGUCGCGUACGCGAUGUGCGCUCGUCAACUGACGAUUGUCGUUGUUCGUCCGACGGAUGCGAAUAAGGAUCGUUAAAUCGACUAAGGCUAAUAACGAUAAGAAAGUUUGACCGGUGAGAUCGUUCUCGAGUGGCAGAGAAAAAAGUGACGGAAAUAAAAAUGGCCGACGUGCGUAAUGGUCACAGCCCGUUGAGGAAAUUUCUGGUCAAAGUGCGGACGUUGAGUUCGAUCGUGGCGAAUUUUCGGGGCAAGAUAACAUACGGGAAUCGUAUCAUCGGCCUCGAGAAGCAGGAGAGAAACGGAGAGGAAAACCAAGCGAAGGUGAGUCUGUUUAAAAAUGACCUACAGGUAUCUCAGUCGGUCUGGCCUAUCCAUCAUCGGCAACGUGCGAAAGAAAGACGGGACAUCGGCCGCUAA